AUGUUGGGAAAAGCUACCAUUGUCAACGCGCUCGUGAGCGCUGUCUCUGCGGGCACAAUCCUCUGGGAUGGACGCUUCAACGACAUGACCUCGAGCGCCGAUCUUGAUAAAUGGUCCUGGGCAAACCAAGUCGGCAACUACCAAUACUACAUCCACGGCUCUGGCCCAACCUCGCGCUAUGUCAACCUCUCUCCCAACUACAAAAACUCCGGCGAUACUGGCAGCAAGCAAGGCGCUAAAAUCACCAUCGACAAUACCGCAAAAUGGAACAGCGACAUGUGGCGCACCGAGCUCAUCCCGCAAACCAAAGCCCCCAUCAACCAAGGCACAGUAUUCUACCACUUCUCCAUCAAGCGCUCCACCACAAACGUCCCCAGCGCAACAAACGAGCACCAAAUCGCCUUCUUCGAGUCCCAUUUCACCGAGCUGAAAUACGGCUGGAUUAGCGGCGAGUCUGGAACCAGCAACACCAACUUGCAAUGGAUGGUAAGCGGCCAGAGCAAAUGGAAAACCGAGCUCAAAGCCGAUGAAUGGCAUAAUGUCGCUUACGAGAUUAACUUCUCCUCCAACCAAGUCUCCUUCUGGCACUCGACCGGUAACAGCUCGCUUGUCAAGACCGCCGGCCCGUUCUCAACGGGUACCUCGUCCAACGGUGCGGAUUGGCAUUUGGGUGUGCUGAGGUUGCCCAGGUCGGGACUUGAUGGCACGGGCGCCGAGGAUUGGUACUUCAGUGGCACGUAUGUGGAGAGUGGGCCGAUUACGACGAGUGUUGCUAGUCCGGCGGCUUAA